GGCUGUCAUUGGUCAGGCGGAUAAGGACGUCAAAGUGGGCGGUUCCCGGAAGGAAAGGCCACAAAGCCCAAAAAGAAGACGAAGGAGAAGACGGCCGAUGAGAGCAGCCAAGGAAGAAAGAGUGAUUUGCCCUGGCUUGGUUUCCUCCUUCGCCUCCUGCCCUAACUGAACCCGGCCAGCGCGUCGACCUUCCCCCACCCCGAAUCAAGUCCCACUCAUGGCCGGACGAGGCGGACCCGCGCGGACCAACGGCGCCGCGGCGCCCAGCAACAAAAUCUGCCAGUUCAAGCUGGUGCUGCUGGGCGAGUCGGCGGUGGGCAAGUCCAGCCUGGUGCUACGCUUUGUCAAAGGCCAAUUCCACGAGUAUCAAGAGAGCACAAUCGGAGCGGCCUUCCUGACGCAGACGGUAUGCUUGGAUGACACAACGGUCAAGUUUGAGAUCUGGGACACUGCGGGCCAGGAGCGCUACCACAGCUUGGCGCCCAUGUAUUACAGAGGCGCCCAGGCGGCCAUUGUUGUGUAUGACAUCACCAACACAGACACUUUCACCCGUGCCAAGAACUGGGUGAAAGAGCUACAGCGACAGGCCAGCCCCAACAUUGUUAUUGCUCUGGCAGGGAAUAAAGCCGACUUGCCCAACAAGAGAGCUGUCGAUUUCCAGGAGGCCCAAGCGUACGCAGAUGACAACAGUUUGCUCUUCAUGGAGACGUCAGCUAAGACCGCCAUGAAUGUGAACGAGAUUUUUAUGGCGAUAGCCAAGAAGCUCCCCAAGAACGAGCCGCAGGGCGGGGCGGCCGGUGGCGGCCGGGCCCGAGGCGGUGUGGACCUGCAGGAGGCGGCACCCCAAGGUCGCGGCGGCGGCCAGUGUUGUGGGGGCGGUGGUGGCAACUAACCCUCACGGGGCGGGGCGGGGCGUCCUCCACUCCAGCUGAUCCCAGCCACUUAACCCACUCGGAUGGAGCGGACCGGAUAUGAUUAGCCAGCUGUCAAACAAUGUCACGGCGUUGGGACCAAAACACGGCGGAAGUUACAAACUCUUUGGCCGACACAUCGUCGGCCUGGCGACCAAUCACCUUUUAAAGACCCCGACCCCCAACCCCUCCCAAACUUUUGAUGGUGGACACGUAGGGGAACAAACAUCCCAGCCGUGGUAUUAUUAAAAAAAAAAGAAAAAAAAAAAAUCACAUCACGGAAGCUCACUUAAUUUUGUUUCUGUAUUUGUGUGGAAAAAUAAUGCAACAGGAAAAGAUGGCAAACAGGCAGACUUCCUUCUCGGUAGAACUGUGUAGCCGCAAUAUCGUCCUCCUAAUAACAAAUGUUAUGAUAACAUCACUAUGAUUUCUUUUUUAUUGUUAGAUUACCCAAGCAUAAAAAUAGUAAUGUCAUUAACAUCACCCAUACGUAGGUUGAACAUUAAACCUCAAUAACAACUAAUUUGUGGAGUUGAUAACCAAUCGGAAGCAAUCAGCGUCCCCAUCUGUCUCAGCAUUACUUCUUUUUUGUUUUUGUUCCAUGUCUUUAUUUUGUUUGCUAAAUCUAUGGUAUUAAAUGCACUGGUUCUGUCUCAA